AGAAUUUAAUUUAUUUAGAAUUAAUUUUUUUUUCUAUCAUAUGGUUUUCUUGUUGUUUUUUGUUUAAUCUUUUCAAUGAUUUAAUUUUUUAUUCUUAAUUAAUUUAAUUAUGCGGAUUAGUUUUGAGGUUUAAGAUGUUCUUUUUUUAGAUCUUUCAAUCUGGACAAUUAAAGUUCACCAAGGAAUCAGAUUUUCAGGCUGAUAUUUGAUAUAAUUUAUUCAAGAGACAAGCAGUGGAUACCAGUGUGGACAAAAUGUAUCAACGAUCUCGACGGAAAAACAAUUCACUAUCCAAUCAGGAAAAUUAUCAUUACGAACCGAUUCCUGGUACAUCACAAUUAGAUCAAUCAUCGUCUCCAUUAUCAUCACAAUCAACAUUAUCAUCUUCAUCAGGAACAUUUGUCACCGCUCGUGAUCAUUAUUCAUCCCUAUUAACAACUCUAGCAAGUGAUUCAGAUUCACCCACUGAUCCAUUAAUCCCAACAAUUAGCCGAUCACAAUCAAAAAUGGAUAAAAAUUUCAUCAACAUCUUAAUCCUUGGAUUAUCCUUUCUACUGCUAUUCACAGCCUUCCAAACAGGAGGAAUGAUUCAGGAAACUGUGGUCAAAGGGAUUAACGAAGAGCACAUAAAGGAUUGGAAUGGUCAUCAAUGGAGUGGAUAUACUUCAUUGUCCAUUGUUUAUCUAGUCUUUUCCAUAGCGAACUGGAUUGCGCCUUCGAUGGUCGCGAUUUUUGGACCUAAAACUUCAAUGAUCAUCGCUGCGUUUAUUUAUUGUUUAUAUAUUGGUUCCUUCUUGUAUCCCCUUUGGUGGACAUUAUCGGCCGCCUCAGCAACUCUUGGUCUUGGUGCUGCUCUUAUCUGGACCGCCCAAGGCAAUUUUCUAACAUUAAACUCUAAUCAAACAACAAUCGGCCGUAAUAGUGGGGUAUUUUGGGCUCUAUUCCAAGGGAGUCUUAUUUUUGGAAACAUUUUCGUCUCAUUCCAAUUCAAAGACGUGAUUGACGCUAAAACCCGUCAGACCACUUAUUCUGGCCUUCUUGCGGCUGGAAUCGCUGGAACUAUCCUAAUGUUUGCACUGAGAACUUUUCCUAAAUCAGAAAGUUCCGAAAAGCCCGCUGGCCCUGUUCAAGCUCUUUUUGAUUCAUUUGCGUUAUUCAAAACGCGAGCGAUGCUUUUAAUGUUUUUCACUUUCGCUUAUACUGGAAUCGCUCAAUCAUUUAUUACUGGAGUUUAUGUCAAUUCAAUUGGAUUUACCAAAGCAAUUGGAGAUGAUAGGAAAAAAUUUGUGGGAAUUGCUGGUUGUUUAAUUGGUCUUGGUGAAACUAUCGGCGGUGGGGUUUUUGGUAUCUUCGGUAAAAAAACAGCCAAAUUAGGUCGAGAUCCGAUUGUUUUCUUGGGCUUAAUUUUACACGUCGCUGCUUAUGCUGGUAUAUUCAUUAAUCUACCUUUUAGUGCCAAUUUGGGUGAUACAGACGAUUCUUCAAUCAUCACAACAAGUAUUCCUUUGGCUUUGAUCUGUAGUUUUCUCCUUGGACUCGGCGAUGCUUGUAUGAACACUCAGAUCUAUUCACAGAUCGGAAGUUUCUAUGAGUCUAAUUCCGCUCCGGCUUUCGCGAUCUUCAAGUUUGUCCAAUCCUUGUUUUCGUCGAUAUUUUUCUUCUUCACCAGUAAAGUGACCUUAAAUUAUCAGGUCUACAUAAUGGUUAGCACAGCGAUCAUUGGAUCGGUGACAUUUUUCAUCGUUGAACAAUCAGCUCGUCGGAAAUCACGAUCAGCCGAUAUCACACCUUCAAUCAGCGGCGGAGAUGAUGAUGUUAAAUCAGGAAUUGAUAAUCCAAGUUAUGUUAAAGAUAAUCCAAUUGGUCAAAGUACAAUCACUUUGAAUGCUUAAUUGCAAUUAGUUUUUACAAUCAAAGCCAAUCAUAAUCAUCAUCCUAUCUCAUUGUAAUUAUUUUGACUGUGAUUUAAAAUUUAAAUUACACUUUUUUUUUUAAAAUCAAAUGAGUGAUUUUUUUAUCAAUCCUUUUGGAUACUCUUUGAUUUUAAUCAAUUUAUUUUUGUUAAUUGACAAUUAAUGUUGAAAAUUGAUAACAUCUCCUUGAGAUCAGUUGUAAUCCAAAUUAAUCCAGUUCAUUGAUCAACAUUAAGGUUAAUUUAGACAAUCAUUUGAUUCUUGAUUAUGUUGUACAAUUUGUAUUUUGUUUAUUCUGGUAAAAAAAUUAAUUCCACUGUUAAUUAACAUUUUCUGUUUAUCAGAAAUACAAUCAACUUGAUGAUAUUUUUUUAAUUAUCGAUCUCAUCGAAUCAAUUUCAAUAACUAUCACAACAAUUUACUAAUUACAAUUGAUGUGUAUCAUAACAAUUGUAUUCCUUUUGUAAACAAGAUAAUUUUUUUCAUCUUAAUCACCUUUGUAUGUUUCCUUUUGAAUGCAAAUUUAAUUGAAUAUUAAAUUGUUGCAAUUACCAAA